AUGGACACACAUCUAUCUAAUAUUGAGUCAUAUCUUGCAACUAUGCAAACUCCAAUUCAGAUGCUCAAUGCACGUAGCCAAGCGAAUAAAGAUUAUGAGCGUGAAUCAUGGUUACAAUUGAAUGAGUUACAAGAUAUAGAGAAAUUUACAGAUUUUUCGUGGGCGUCAUCAGAGAUUUUAAGAGAUCCAUUUGAGCAAAAGAGGUUUGUGUUACUAAAUAGUAAACAAGAUAGACUUCGUUUUCUAGAAGGGGUGACAGGUUAUGAUCAUAGUGGUACUUUUCCUGGUAGUCCAUGGAAACGCCAAUUCAGUGGCUCUAGUGGACCACAUAGUAGAGGAUCAUUUGGUAGUGGAUCUGGUUCUCCAAGCGUAGGAGGGUUUGCACAGUUCAACAAUGCUGGAUUCUCAAAUAUUGGAGGCACUUCAAAUUCUGGUGUUGAUGGUACUUCAAACGUUGGAGGGUAUUCACAAUUUGUUAGUUCGGGCUCUCCGAACAAAUUUAGAAGAAGAGAAGGAUUUCAAGUUUCAAACACUAACCCACAAUUUAGGACAUCGUCUGCUGCUGAGUUACUCGAACGUUUCAAUCUUUCAUAUUUUAAUCGUAUAUUUGGAAGCAACAAUAAUAAUGGAGAAAAAUAA